AUGAAAUGUCAAGAAGAUUUAAAGCAAUAUAUAGAAGUACUGAAUUUAUUUUCUGAUCCACCUAACGUGAAAAUGCAAGACAAAAUUUCUCUUGGCAUACUCUACAACAUCUGUUACUAUUUAUCGCCUCAAGAUAUUUCAAUGUUGAUGUGUGUUUGUAAACAUUUUAAAAUUAUGCUAGGUGAAAAGUAUUUUCCAAUGGCCAGAAUUAUUUGGAAGCAUUCGCGCGAAACCUUCACUCCAUUCAAACAUAUGGAUCCACCUUUUGAUUUAACAGAAAAACAAUUUGCCAUGAUUUUGAAUUUUCAAAAGGGUUGUCAGAUUUGUAAAAGAAAAGACAAAACUAUUCAAAUUUAUUGGGUUGAUUUUAUAAGAUCUUGUAAAGAUUGUUUGCAAUACAUGGCUAAAAGUCGAAAACAAUUGCUGGAUUGUGAGUGGGCGAGAAAUGAAUGUGUGAUUGACUGUACACCAUAUGUAAUACCAUAUUUAGAUACCACAAAAACAAAAUACUAUUUACCCACCCAAAUAAUGAAAACACAAGCUGAAUAUGAUAGUUUACUUUUCUCUAAUCAAAAUUUAUGGGUAGCAAAAAAAAAACUAGAAGCUGAACAAUUUGUAGAUCAAUCACUUAUUCUUUUUGAAUGGGUUAACGAAUCUGAAAAAUUUAAACGUGAUGAAUUUUCUUUUUUACAACAAGUCGUACACAUUUUAGAUAAAGUUGAAUCUAGUCAAGAUCCUCAAGAAGUGAAUAAACUUAAUGAUAGAUUUAAAAGAUGUCAUAGAAUACUAGAUGAAUUACCCGGUUCAGAUUUAUCAAGAGAAGAACAAGAGCAAUUACUUAAAGAAGAAAAGGCAAUUUUAGAAGAAAGAAAAGCAGCAAGACAUAGAUAUGAAAAUCUUGAAUUUUUAAAAUCACCAUAA